UUGCACUGCAUAACUUGCCGUUUCCCGAAAGCUAUUUUCUGAAUGACAGAGGGGGCAUGGAUGGUCUUUCAUGAAAAGUUUAAGCGUCUUUAUACCAUGCUAAAUCUCAUUCACAUCGCUAAGUCAAGGCCGCAGUAUUGAUGCUGAGGAGCAUUCCUUGCUGAAGGCUCUUGGGUGCGAGUGUCAAAAGGAAAAUGCAGCAGCUCGUUUGCCACAGAGCUUGGCUGCGACUGGUCGCUCUGCAACCGACAGUCCAGGGCCUGUCCCACAGCCCGGUGGGCCCCAGGCCCUGGACUGGGAAAAGGGGUCCCAGCCUGUGCUACGUGAGCACAUCAGAGGUAGCUAGAGCAGCGUCACCAACACAGAAGGAGAGGAUGAACAACCCAGAGCAGCCUGGCGACUCCGAUCCCCUCCAGGACAAGUCCAUCGGGCUGGUCCAGCGCUUCAAGAAAAUGCUGAAGCAGUAUGGGAAAGUGAUGAUCCCUGUGCAUCUGGUGACGUCAUCUCUGUGGUUUGGGGCUUUUUACUACACAGCCAUGAAGGGUGUGAAUGUGGUCCCGUUUCUCGAGUACAUCGGCCUCCCAGACAAACUCGUUGACCUCAUGGAAAAAUCUCAGAGUGGAUACGCAAUUACCGCCUAUGCCAUGUACAAGAUCGCCACUCCAGCCAGGUACACCGUCACGCUGGCUGGGACCUCCCUCUCUGUGAAAUACCUCCGCAAGCACGGCUACAUGUCAACCCCGCCCCCAGUCAAGGAGUACAUACAGGACAAGAUGGAGGAGACCCGGGAGCGAUUUUCGGAGAAAAUGGAAGAAACCAAGGGGAGGAUUUCCGGGAAAAUGGAGGAGACUAAGGAUCGGUUGUCGGGGAGGAUGGAGGAGACGAAGGACAAGUUCUCAGAGAAGCUGCAGCAGACCAAAGACAAGGUGUCUUUCCGAAAGAAAGAUCAGGGACCCUAAACUUUAAACUGUAACUACACCCUACAGGAGUCUCCAGCGGGGGGGGGGGCAGUGACCCUAGUGUCCUGCUUGUGCUCACAUCUCAGUCCUAGCAGCUCAAUUAAAGCUGCACUUAGCAUCUGUGAUUGUAAAAGAAACAUAAUAGGUCUCAGCGUUAUUAGAAGGGGAAAAAAAUGUGAACAUCAAUUCAAAGAUCGGUGGGAUCAUGGGUCAGACUGUGCUGCGUGGUAAUAGUCAUAUUUCUCUGUGUCCAUCUUUUAAAUGUUCUGUGUACAUUGUUGUCAUUUUCUAUCCAUCGCUGAUAACAUGUUCGUCAUGGAGUGGAUACCAGGGUGUCUUUGUUUUUACUUGAGUCGCACUAGAGUGCUUUGAAAUCUACCAAGUACCUCUUGUCCCGGUGAAGUGAUGUCAUUACCGUAAGAGCAGUGUUCUCGCAGAGUGAUCAGCACCUCCCUCCUGUUGGUGGCUGAGGCUGGCAUUCUGGAGUGACUUUAACAGUGACUGUCCUGCAUGAUAGGCAGUAUAUGUGUCAGGCAUGUCCAUUUGCACACGCAUGCUUAAUAUGCUGACCGUGAAUGAAGGUUCAAUUAAAUCUACUCUGCAACUGG